CUUUGUCAGCAAGCAUCCACUAUUAGUUACCACUCCCACCACCACUCUUCCUUUUUCCACCUUUAUAUUCCUUCUCCCAUUCCACUUACCCCAACGAAAAGAAAGGAAGAAAAACAAACCCAUCAGCAAAAAUGGCCGCAAAAACAACUCGCACCCUCCCCAUUCUACUACUCUCACUCCUACUACUCGCCUCCGGCGGCGCGUCAACCCCAAUCGACACCUUCCUCUUCGGCGGUUGCUCGCAGCUCAAGUACACCCCGGGUUCACCCUACGAGUCAAGCCUCAACUCGCUACUCACCUCGCUCGUCAACUCAGCCCCUUUCUCCCUCUACAACAACUUCACCUCCCAAUCCCUCCCUCCCUACUCCUCCUCCGCCGCCCCGACCCUCUACGGACUGUACCAGUGCCGCGGCGACCUCACGCCGCCCGACUGCCGCUCCUGCGUCGCCCGGGCCGUCACCCAGCUGGCCACCCUCUGCCCCGACGCCACCGGCGGCGCGUUGCAGCUGGACGCCUGCUUCGUCAGGUACGACAACGCCUCCUUCCUGGGCGUCCAGGACAAGAGCGUGGUGAUGAAGAAGUGCGGCGCGUCGCUCGGGUACGGCCCCGGCGCGUCGGCCAGGAGGGACGCCGUGCUGGACUACGUGGCGGGUAGCGGCGGGGGAGGAGCGUACUACAAGGCGUAUAGGGUGGGCGGGUCGGGUGAUGUGUACGCGGUGGCGCAGUGCGUGCAGGACUUGAGCGGGAGCCAGUGUCAGGAUUGUGUGGCGGAGGCGGUGGGGCUGCUCAAAUCCAACUGCGCCGCCGCCGCCUGGGGUGACGUUUUCUUGGGGAAGUGCUACGCGCGGUUCUCGGAAGGUGGGGCUCACUCGGGCUCCGGAGGCCACGGUUAGGUAACAAGGACGAGAAAGGUGAGAACAACGAUGACGAGAUCGAGAAGACGCUGGCGAUAUUAAUCGGUCUAAUUGCUGGGGUUGCCCUCCUCAUUGUCUUCCUUUCCUUCAUCGCAAAGCUCUGCGCAAAGGGCAAAGGUGGGAAAUAGCAGAAGAUGUACAAUCUAGGAGAUUGUGGUUGCCCAUUGAACUACUAGCUACUCUACUCUCUCUAUCUCUCUCUAUCUAUCUCAAUUAUGAUGAUGACAUGCCUUAGUUCCUCCGGCAAGGCAACUUGUUAGAGGCCUUUUGAUGGAGGUGCCGCAUUUGCUUCAACAAUUCCCUUGUUAGUUUGGGCACUACUACUGCCGGCCUGACCUCUAAUGUUGGCUUGGUUGGUAUGUAAGUUUCCUUUCACAUCAUAAUUAUUCAUGGAACAAGACUGGACAACAAACGGAUUCGAUAUUUGGACCGUGUACAUAUAUACAACUAUUUAUAUAUGUAUUAGGCUGGAACUGCGCUUUGCCGCGGGCUACUCAACCACUGUGUUGUCGUAGUUGACCCUCGAGAGUUAAUUCCUCUUUUGGUGAUUUAUUUAAGAUGAUAAUUGUUUACUUUUUUAUAGAAAAACGGGAACUGUUUAUUUGAUAUGUGUAUACCUAUCCAAACAUUUCGU